AUGUGGGAGUUUAUGGUCCUUUUAAAAACCACCUUAAUCGAGCACAGACAGCCUGGAUGUAUAAUCAUCCAGGAAAAGCAAGAAGCUCGAAAACAGUCCAUCCAUACUCGUCGUAAACGCAAAUCCGCUGUGUUAACCGACACGCCUGAAAAAGACUCAUUAAAAAAAGAGUAUGAAGAAAAACUGGCCAAGACCAAAAAAACGUGUGACAAAAAUAAAGGAAAAGGCAAAGGAAAAGGUAAAGGACAGUCCUCGAAAAUGAGCGAAGAAGGUAAAGAUAAGGUGAAGAAAAAAAAUAUUGGUUUCCGACUCGGAUUCCGAUAC